AUGGCUGAGAUAGUUGGACUUAUAUCCAGCAUCAUCACCUUUGUUGAAUUUGGCUUCAAGAUUGUGUCUAUAGCCAAGGAUGUACGCGGUUCAGCACAAGGUACGACAGCGGAAGUCCGCGAGCUUGAUCUUGUCAUCGCAGGCGUCCAACACUGGAAUGACCUCGUCAAGGAGCAGCACGUAUCCGGGCAACUACUAUCAAAAGAUGAGUUGUACAUACUAGAAAUGGUUGACAAUUGCGAGCAAUUGGUAGGAAAGUUGCGAGGUUUGAUAAACACACUGAAGGCGCGAGCCGAUGCACGUUCACAGACAUUAGAGAGUGUGCGAAUUUCUACCCAGAGCUUCCUGAAACAAGCCCAGAUCAAGUAUCUACGAUCUCAACUGGACACUAUGGCUGCUCACAUUCAGAGACACGUUGCAAAUGCUAUAGAUGAGAAGCGAUACUCGUCGAUAUUGAAAAGUCUAGCAGAAAUCCGGACAUCUCACUCACGAAUGGGGGUUCACCGUCAAUUAAAAUUAGACCUCAUCCUGAAAAAUAUCUUGGCCUUGACAAACCAAAACCAAGAAGCGCAAGGACACCAACAAACUCAAUCAUACCAGCAAAUAGCUGGACUUGGCGACCUUAAGAAAAGCCUAGAACAAUUCCGCAAAGAGCAAAAACUUUGCGCUCAACAGCUCGAAAUAUUGAAGAGCCUAUAUUUUCCAGAGCUGCGGCGUCGCUGGAGUCAGAUACCGAAAGCAGAGCUGCGGACCAAUGAAUGGGUUUAUGAGCCUGAAAAGACAUCAUUUCUGUCGUGGCUAGAAAGUCUAGAAGAUGGUGAUGGUCUAUUCUACAUUACUGGUAAAGCGGGCAGCGGCAAAUCGACACUGAUGAAAUCCAUCGCCGAAGACCAUCGCACAGUCUGGUCUUUAAGAAAAUGGGCAGGCAUGAUGGCGUUAUAUACAGCAAGCUACUACUUCUGGAAUCAAGGAACUGAGACGCAGAAGAGCGGUCGCGGCCUUUUUCAAUCUCUAUUGUAUCAGAUUUUUCGACGAAUUCCGGAGCUUAUUAUACCUCAUAUCAAAAUUUGCGCAUCAAGUCGGCCUGGACGUCAAUACGAGGCCUUCUUGCCGCAUAAUGAUCGCUCCUUUGAUAUCGCCGAGUUCACGAAAGAAGACAUGAGAAUCUUUGUCGACACGAACCUGCAAGCUAGUACUAGGUGGAGGCAGUUGGUGGUCGAAUCUGAACUCGCAUGCCGAGAUAUCAUCCAUAUGAUAUCGACUCGGGCGUCUGGCGUCUGGAUCUGGGUUUUUCUCGUCACCAAAGAUAUCGUUAGGGAAGCAGAAAAAUGUGAAGGGGUUGCUACUCUGCGAAGGAUCGUCGACAGCUUUCCAGACGAUUUAUAUGAAUAUUUUGAACGGAUGAUCAAACAAAUCCCGAAGCUACAUCGUGAGCAGAUGGCACAGAUAUUCCUCAUCAUGAUGGAGGCGCUUCGACCCCUACCAUUGUAUGCUUUUUCGCUGCUCGAAAGAGAAGCGGAAAAUGAGAACUAUGCGAUCUACGCUCCUAUCAGGCCUAUGGAAGAACAAGAAAUCGAGUUGGGGUAUGUUGUUAUGAAAAAUCGAGUUCGGAAUCGCUGUGGUGAUCUUCUUACCAUCCAUGAAGAAGACUUAGAUUUGCAGUCAUAUUUAUGGAAAAGUGUGGAGUUCCUUCAUCGAACGGUUGCUGACUUCUUGAGAGAGUACGAAAAGCAACUAAGAACGUACCUUGAAAAGAAGUUUGACCCUCUAGUAUCUUUAAUGAAAAUUUACCUCGGCCUUUUAAAAAUGACACCUACUCAGGGCUACGGUAGAUAUGAGGUCAUUGGUUUCACAGACGAGGUGCUGUUAUAUGCCCACGAAUUCGAGAAGAUGGACAGCUUAGAGGAGGAGACCAUCCUAGUCCCAACACUUGAUGAGUUGGAUAGGGUCAUCAGCUAUCAUGUCUGCGACAACGAUUGGCACUGGACCAAUGAGCGACAAUUUCAUUACAUGGGGAGGCAUCUUGUAUGGGAGUAUGAGGAGGGCGGGCAGUGCAACUUCCUAGCGUUGGCCGUACAAGCACGUCUCGUCAAGUACGUGCGUUUCAAAUUGGCAGCAGACCAGCGUAACAUGAUAAAACUGGGGAGGCCUUUGUUAGACUACGCACUUCGUCCAUUCAGGUCGACGCUCGAAGUAUAUACGCAAGACCGUUCUGGUGAGCUAGAUCACCCCAUUGACAUCGGCAUGGUUGAGCUUCUACUACGCAAUCGCGCAGAUCCAAACCAACCUGUUUCUGUGAAUGAUAAUAAAUCGGUCUGGGUCCUGUUUCUUGAGUCAAUGCGUUCGAUGAUGUCUUGGAUGGAAGACAGCACUAUCAACGUUGAAGAUAUGAAACAGGCCUGGUAUCAGGCUGCUCAUCUACUCGUCAAAGCAGGUGCACGCGCUGACUGUCAGAUAGACAUGGGCGCAUCCCACUGUCUUAUUGAGAUUUUUGGACAAGAGAAAGCAGCCAUACUAACCCAAGGAAUGAAGCAGAGAGAGGCAGAGAGAGAGAGGAAACGGGAGGGAAGACGGGAAAGAGAAAGAGAGAGUGAACGAGACAGGGCGAGGCGCCGCAGUCAACCCGCCCGUGCGUUCCGAUUCAAUUACAAGAAAGAAGACUUGUCUGCUUGA